AUGGCAACCCAGACCACAACCAUACGCAAUCCUGCGGACUCGAUGGUGUCCACCUGGCGCCACGACCGAUCUCAGUGGACCAUCUGGCAUUGGAUGGUGGAAUUGUUUGGCCUGAACCUCGUCGCUCUCGAUAAGCAAGUGCCAAUCUUUUCCAAAAAGCAGAAAAUACCAGCUGUGCGAGAAUGGUCUCUUCAUAUAUGGAUUCUACUGCACGCCGCCGUCCCGCUCAUCCUUCAUCACGCCUACACCACCUAUACCGGCCAGAACCUAGGCCUUAUUGGCGCAUUUGCCUUAUACUCAACGGCAUUUAAGGUGAAUGGAAUACACGAAGUGAAUAUCAUGCGCCGCCUAGGUCAAGUCUACGGCUUUUUGGAUGGUGACAAGCAUGCACGGGACGAGAUCCCUGAUACUGGGGUUGGCAAGGUUAUGCGAGAACUGAUCUCGACAUCGACGUUUCGCAUGAUCAUGUCUAUCUACCUUACCUACCAACCGAAUGAGGCACCAGAGACUCUCAGAUGGCGAUGGCUUCCUUUAGAGAUCGGCCUGUACAGCAUCACGGUCGAUUUCUGGUUCUACUGGUAUCACCGCAUGAUGCACUCGACCGGCUCUCUGUGGAAGUUCCACCGUCGACACCACUUGACGAAGCAUCCCAACCCGCUACUCUCUGCGUACGCCGACCAUGAGCAGGAGUUUAUGGAUAUAACAGGCAUUCCAUUGAUGGCGUUUGUCACAUUGAAGGUCCUUGGGCUGCCUAUGGGAUUUUAUGAGUGGUGGGUCUGCUAUCAGUAUAUUGCCUUUUCGGAGAUCAUUGGACACAGUGGCCUUCGAAUCCAUGGUGGUGCGCCCUCCACUGUGAACUGGAUUCUAGAGAUAUUCGACGCAGAGCUAGUUAUUGAAGACCACGAUCUCCAUCACCGCUACGGGUGGAGAAAGAGCCACAAUUAUGGCAAGCAAACCCGUCUUUGGGACCGAAUAUUCGGUACCUGCCAUGACCGCAUCGAAAGCGUGAAAGAGAACGUCGAUUACUCGAACCGCGUCACAAUGCCACUCCUUUGA